AUGAACCGAGGAUACAGAGAUCAUCGCCCAACGGGAGACAGACCGCGAAAACACGGUUCAAUGGCACCUCCUCUCGGAGAUAUCGUCGAGCGCAUCUCUAGGGAUGAUCUCUCUGACGAAGAUGUCAGCGCUAAGAUCCAGAAUGUCAAGUUCAUUGCAUCGUACAACUGGGUCAGCUCUUCGUCCCCAAAGAUAAUUAUCCCAGGUCAACCUCCAAAAUGGACACCACUAAAAGGGUCAACCCGCUUGCCCGGGGAUUCGGGCGACUACUAUCGCGACAUUAAUGCCGCCUUCUACCCCAAACAUCCCAUGGAACCUGCGAUCGUUUCUGUGAUGAAGAUGCAUCCCGAGCCCAUCCCUAUCAGUAUCGUCGCUUGCGGAAGUUCAAUCGGGAACCUUCUCCGUUUCGCCAGAGGUGUCGACUUGGACAACUGCUUUCGCAUCCUCGUCGAGAAGAUCGGCAAUACUGUUCACUUCAUCCGUAGAGAGAACGCGCCCGAUGAGACCAUCAAGGGCAUCCAUGGAUUCGGACACACAUUUCCAGAGGCCUAUACUACCUGGGACCCUUCUGUCAAAAGGUCCAAGAGUCAUCAGAGGAUUCUUUCCUAUCAAUUUGCCGGCUUUGAUCUUCUCGUACGAUUCGAAGGCGAUGGGUACAUUCCUGAAGCCAGCGAGAAAUCUAACGUCAGGUCCUUCAAGGGCGAUGAUCUUGAUCAGAUACAGGAUCUUGGUGUGAGCGAACCAUCGCCAAACACCACUGACCCGCUUGUCGUCGCGGAAGGCGGUGAUGCCAUACCUCAAACUAGCAUCUUUGACUUGAAGACGCGGUCGGUAAGAACACGCCAUAAAGAUCAUCUUGGAGAGCAGCUCCCACGCCUAUGGAUCUCUCAAAUGACGAACUUCCUCCUUGCCUACCACGAAAGAGGACAAUUCCAGGAAAAGGACAUCGAGAUCAAGAACAUCAAAUCUGACGUGGAGGAAUGGCAAGACCUGAACCAGCCGUCGCUGAACCGACUUGCGGCUCUCUUCCGCCGCAUUCUUGACAGUGCCCGGGCUUCAAAGGAUGGCAAAUUGGAGGUUGUCUGGUCCGGCUAUGGUUCUCUAGAAAUUCGUCAACAGCUGCCGGAUGCAGGCGAAGCCCUAUCGACGUCAGUCAAGAAACAAUGGGAGGCUUGGUUGGGUGCUGGGGUCAAGGAGGCCGACGCAGGAGAUUCGGGACGCUGGGAAGAUUUCAUGGCGACUCUGUCUGACAGCGACGAACAGAGCGAUUAUGCUGCGUGUGAUGCUGAGUGCGGUUAUUGUGGGAAGUGCACGUAG